CCGUACUGGGAUAUGCGGAUCUGCGCAGGAGACCGUUAAUGAACAUCACUGCUGGUGGCGCAGGGGGACUGCUAUCGCUCUCGCAGUCUCCCGCUGCUCGACAUUAUUACGCUACGCCGCACGCCGACCUUCACCGUGCCGAACCUUCUGACGAAAGUCUGAGAGAAUGCCAUUUGGAAUCUCUCCGCCUGAGAGAUAUCCCUGCAGGAGUUAAGCAGUCGACCGAAUAGAUCAAAUCGAAUCACACGACCUCGAC